UCCAGCAGGCUCUUUGGGCUCCUUGAGCUUCUGGAGACACCUGAGUACAGCCAAGCACCUAGGCCACCCAAGAUUGGCUGCUGGGCAUGAGCAAGCACAUGCCCAAACCCCUGCCACAUGAGCCCAUGCUCCACCUGCUCCUGAAGUUUCCAGGGGCAUCCGCCUGCUUGCCCUGGCUUGGAUGGUCAUUUCCUUUCUCCCCUACCCCCACCACUAGUACUCCAGGACCCAGUAACUGUGGGACAAAAAGGCCUUGCAGCACCCCAGAUGCUCCUGGUCUGGGUACCUGUGUGUAAUGGCUGAACCACGGAGGUCACAGAGUUGCCUCUGUGCAGGCACAGCCCCAGUGCUCUGCCCCCUGCCCCUGGAAACAGAAGAGAUGAGCUGCAGUGAGCAGGGGGUGCUGGGAAGGAUAGAGGGGGCAAUGGGCCCAAUCUGGGUCAUCAGGGGAGGGAGUGGAUGGAGUGUUUACACUAGGUAUAGCCUAGAGUGGCCAAACCUUGGUAAGCUGGAUAACACAAAUCAGAGAUAAUUCUGCCCUGGAGUGGUAUAACUUUGAGCCACUUAAGUGCUUAAAACCAGUUUCAGGUGUUAAUGUGCAGACAAUUCAGGUGUUAAAAGCUCCAGGAGCUGCCCAAAAUUACCAUGUAACAAGGCCGUUAGGCAGUUUACACACAUGUUCUUCUAACAAAUCUAAUGACGAUCUUAAACAUACACACAUAUCCACCAUGAUGAACCUCGUAUAUUAAUUUACUGGGGAUAAAAUUCAUAAGAAAAAAUGCUUGGGAUGAUUCUGUUUUGAGGACCUUUAUUUUCAGAACUGUAAAUGCCAUUUGGAGUUUACCCAGGCUGCAUUAACCUAUUGUAGGAGACAUUCAGCAGACUACAAUAUUGGAGACCUUUCCAAACUCUCUAGCUUUUCUUGUCUCCUAAAAACAUUUUUAAUUGUACUAAAGGCUUUUUAUUUCAGGAAUGUCUUUUUCAGUACAUUGAUAAACUUACUUUGCACAGAUUUAAAUGAUGUCUUUUUUCAAUGAUACGUAGACUUCUGUGUUCUUUGUAAAGUAUCAGCACACAUUAUUUACAAGCUGCUAGGACUACUGACUAAUAAUAGAAUAUUUAGCCUUUUUCUGUAACAUGCAUUUUAGCUCCAUUCACAACCACUGGAACUGUGUGGGUGCUUAAGUCUGCCUCUUACUGCCACAGUUAUGGCAUGGACAGAUGACACAUUUAUACUAGUGUGAUUUACACCUGUUUAUUGCUGCAAUAUAAAUUAAUUUGGAAUUCAAAGCGGACAGGUGAACAGCUAUCCUUGGCUACCUGCAGGCAGGAGCUGGCUACUAUAUAACCUCACCACUAGAUGGCAGGGGACCAUAUAAUAUCUUGCCUUCAGCAAAUGGGUUAUGUGGAAUUAGCCAUGGACAGAUGACAUCUAUGCUUAUGAAACUUGUACUGUUGUAACUUUUCCCCUUUUUUUCAGCAGAAAAGUCUACAAUGGAUUGGGAAAAUUACCUUGGCGUAAGGGUCUAUUUCAUCUGUCUGCUUCUCUUUUAUAUUGAUGCCACGGCUGAUCACACUAGUGUAAUGUGUCUUCUCCUCAUGUCCUGACUUUAAAGGAUGAACAUGUGGAUCAACUAAAUCUCCUGGCACUAAAAUUUUCUCAUUUCUUCCAUAGCACUCAUGUGCUUCCCAUUCCCUGCCUCACAUUUUUCUUCAGGCCACUUCACUUCACUUCUUAUUUUAAAAUGGGAAUUGUUUAGAUGUCAUCAGACUCUUAAGGAACUGUGUGGAGAGUUUUCUUCUAUUUUUCAAAGAGGAGUAUUGAGGCAUAUGAUUCAGCUUUCCAAAAUGUAGGAAACAAAACAUCAGAUAUGGCUAGUUUCAGUUUGGUUCAGUGUUUUGGGAAGAAGCUUGUGAAGGAAGCCCAAUGAGAUUUUUCACCAGUCAAAAAGAAAAAAACCCACAUUUUUGUAAUUCAUCGCUAUGUCCGAGGGAUAGGCUGUUAUUGCAUCUUUGUCAUUUCAUUUCUCUUAUGGACUCCAUUAAUGAUAACUUGGGUUCUGUGUUCUUCUUGGUUUUAGAGUUGCUAAAAGGUCUGUCAGUUUUAAUUUACUAGAAAUCAUGGGUAUGCCACUUGUCAAAACUUCAAAGUUAGAGUAUAUUAUUUCUAUUCUCCAGCUUGUCAUCAUACUAAAAUGAUAGCAUAUUCAGAGCUAGGCUCUUUCAAACUAUUGUUAAAAGCCCAUGAAAGAGAUUUUGAGAAGUGAAAAUGGAAGUCUGUCUUGAAGCUAAAGAUGCAAACCCUGUAUUUGUAGAGUGGCCAGCAUAAAGGGCUUUGGGAAAGAACUCUAAUAACCAUGUCUAAAAAUCUAAACAACUAAAACCGGGAGAGGAAAGAGAGAAAAAGAUUAUAGUUUUUGUCUUGCCACAUACACACUCACAAAAGGGUCUUAGAAAAGACCCAAAGACUUAAAAACAUGUAAAUACACAAUAUUAUCCCUAAUUUCUCUUACUUACUAGUUUAUUGCCUGCUGAUUUUGCAUUUUUCUAGGUUCUUCAUAUUAUAAUGUCCUAAGACCAAUAGCUGCUUCAUUGUUUCUUCCUUUCAUUUGAAAAGCAGUUAAAUUUUUUCCUAGUAUUUUUUUUGGCAGAACUGACUCAAGCCCUGUGAUGAAUCUUAUGAGGGGUGUUGAUAGGCACUAAUUAAGGAUUGAUUGCUCUUUGCCAGCGUGUAUUUAUUGCCUGCCUCUGAGACAUCCUUUUCUCAAGCCGUAACUUUGUUUCCCAUCUGCACUGAACUUUGGACAGCUGCCUUUUGAUGACAUUUUCUGUCUCUUCCUAACACCUGGCUGUUAUAGGGCUGUUGCACUGCAUACUGCCAACUCCUAUUUUCUGGCAGUGACCAGAUUAUCUAAAAAAUUGUUUUCAUGAUUACAGCGGACCCUGAAGGGUCCCUCAUUACUUCCAGGGCAGUUAUGGGAGCCUCUUGUGAUUUCAUUUUGUUGCUCCAUUUUGGUGCUUAUGCGGCUCCCAUUAACACAAGGGUUGAACCUUUCUCAUCUAUAUAUCCAUGCAACAGCUAUAAAGAAUCUUUGUCACCUGUGAAAGCGUAUGCCUCUCUGAACUAGUCUCUCAGGUGCUACGAGUUUUCCUUCUUUUAAACAUGGAGAAGCAAGGCACAGAGAUUAAAUGACUUUGUCCAUGUUCCACAGGCCAAUUGUGGCAGAUCUGGAAGGAAAUCUGAGUUGAAUUUUUCUGUAGUCCAGUGUCCAUUUGCCUGUAUAGAAUACAGCAACUUCUGUAAGGCAGUUACAGACUUUGUAAGGCUGUUAAAGAAAUGUUGAUGAUGCAGAAAAUCCAUGGAAGGGAGAUUAAAGAAAAAACAAACUCUCUCUAAAAGUUAGAGAAGGAAAACAAAUCCCUUAGAUGCUAGUACAUUUCCUGUUGGGAGCUGUGCUGCAUCUAAAUCCAUGUUGCCCUGCGAGGUGAAGUUCUGAAAUGUAAUCAGCAUCUUCUUUCUCAGUGCUGUAGCCUGAUUGGCCAAGAGGCAAAGCAGAGGCGGAUUAUGCUUCUGACUGCUCGUCCCCUCUACACACCAUAAAGCAGACAGCCGGCAUGCACUACUGUCAGUGAAAGCAGAGCUUGUAAUUUGAAAGUAGCUUCCAUUCAGAAGCAGCCACUUGAACAUUUUACUCUUCUCCCUUUUAAUGGAAGACAAGGAAAAAAACCUGAUUGCAUCAGUGUAAAACAGUCUCAUUAGGGAAGAAACACCCUGAACAGUUAUAGCUUGCAGCUGAGACUGGAUAUCAUGGAAGUUGAUACCCAAGCUAACAGCAAGGAUUACCAGAAACUGCAUCUGAGCGAGGCUGAAAUCCGGGUGUGUGAUAUCACGCUGGUGUUUUGAACUGCUUUCUCCCCAGGGGGUCUUUGUACUGUCUUUUUGUAAUUGAGAAGCCAAAGGAGGAUCAGAAGGGGAGCAAAAGAAAGGGGCUUGAAAUUUAACAGGCAGUGAGCUGGAACAAUCCCACGUCUGACUGGAUCGGCAUUUCAUAAGAUGAACUUCACACGCCACCGGGGGGUGUCUCAGCCACUACACUUCUGGAACCACAGCUAUGGAUUGCAAGGUGGUGCCAACGAGACGAGCAGAAAGGGUUACUCUUCAGGAGGCUGUUAUGAGCAACUUUUUGUCUCUCCUGAGGUGUUUGUGACUCUGGGCAUUGUAAGCUUAUUGGAGAAUGUUUUGGUCAUUGUGGCAAUAGCUAAGAACAAGAACCUGCAUUCACCUAUGUAUUUUUUCAUCUGUAGCUUGGCGGUGGCUGAUAUGCUAGUGAGCUUAUCUAAUGGAUCAGAAACGAUCGUAAUCACACUGUUAAACAACACGGACACGGAUGCCCAAAGCUUCACCAUAAAUAUUGACAACGUCAUUGACUCAGUGAUUUGCAGUUCUUUGCUUGCUUCCAUUUGCAGCUUACUUUCAAUAGCCGUGGACAGGUAUUUUACCAUCUUUUAUGCUCUCCAGUACCACAACAUCAUGACAGUGAAACGAGUAGGGGUCAUCAUAACAUGCAUCUGGGCAGCUUGCACAGUUUCAGGCAUUUUGUUCAUCAUUUAUUCAGAUAGCAGUGUGGUCAUCAUCUGCCUUAUCAGCAUGUUCUUCACCAUGCUUGUUCUCAUGGCUUCCCUCUAUGUGCACAUGUUCAUGCUGGCCCGACUUCAUAUCAAAAAGAUUGCUGUUCUUCCAGGCACUGGAGCUAUUCGUCAAGGUGCCAACAUGAAAGGGGCCAUUACUUUGACCAUCUUAAUUGGGGUGUUUGUUGUAUGCUGGGCCCCAUUUUUCCUCCAUUUGAUCUUCUAUAUCUCCUGCCCCUACAACCCAUAUUGCGUGUGUUUCAUGUCCCACUUUAACUUUUACCUCAUCCUCAUCAUGUGCAAUUCCAUCAUUGAUCCACUUAUUUAUGCGUUCCGAAGUCAAGAGCUUAGGAAAACUUUCAAGGAGAUCAUAUGCUGCUACACACUGAGAGGGCUCUGUGAUUUGUCUGGCAAGUAUUAAAUGGACACAGCUAAGUUACUGUGCACACGCACCAGAGCCUUUAAACCUUUAAGUACUUUCUCAGCAGGACCUGGGCUGCAUCUUUAAUAACAACCAUCUCUCUGCUAUAGUUAUAAGCCUAAUUUAUGUAUAAUUUAUAUUGCUGUACUGUAGCUGUACAAGCUACAGCUGUGCCUAUUUAGCUGUGUGUUUGUGUAGGGGAAAUCACCUUACUAGUCUGUAAGUAAAAGAAGAUGUAAUGAUGCUUUCCAGACUGUGAAAUGCUAAUAAACAUCAUCAUUUAUAGGUUCUGAAGGCUGGAAAAAAUUAUUGCCACACUUAAAAGAUACACAUUGAUCAACAUUUGUGCC